AUCCCAAAGAUCACCGAUCCGUCUCCUAACACCUAUAACCAAUACUGUCGCGAGCUCGCAGCGCAGGUAUUAUUCAUCGCUACUAGGCCCCGCGCAGCUACUCAAUUUUCAAAGGCAAAGCGUUGUUCAACAAAAGUGAACUCCCUGGAAGACAUUCCAUACGGGCACCAUGGCUUCCGCAACUACCUUCUACGACUUUGAACCCGUCGACAAGAAAGGACAGACUUUCCCUCUUGCCCCGCUGAAGGGCAAGACCAUUCUCGUCGUCAACACGGCCUCCAAGUGUGGCUUCACUCCCCAAUUCGAAGGCCUCGAGAAGCUCUACCAGAAGCUAAAGUCCAAGUACCCCGAAGACUUUAUUAUCCUCGGAUUCCCUUGCAAUCAGUUUGGCAGCCAAGAUCCCGGCUCCAACGAUGAGAUCCAGUCUUUCUGCCAGCUGAACUACGGCGUUACCUUCCCUGUGCUGGGCAAGCUGGAUGUCAACGGAAACGACGCGGCCCCUCUGUGGACCUGGAUGAAGGAACAGCAACCCGGCCUGCUGGGCCUCAAACGCAUCAAGUGGAACUUCGAGAAGUUCCUGAUCUCGCCCGAAGGUAAGGUUGUCGGUCGUUGGGCCAGUACCACCAAACCUGAAUCGCUGGAGGAUACCAUCGUCAAAGAGAUCGAGAAGUCUCAGAAGAAUGGAACUGCUGCUUCAGCUCAGGCUAAGGAGGGAGAAUCUUCCGAGCAGGCCAAAUUGUCGUGAUCUGCUUUCCAAGGGCUGGGAGUUUAUAUUUAUAUAUGAUACCAUACUUCAUUGCUUGUAUCUUAAUAGUACUCGUUAUAUGCACCUCGGGCCACCGCUGUAUAUCAAGGGGGGGGGGGCUAAUGUCUUCGG